UAUGUGAUAGUACAUCUUCUGCUGCUGCUGGCAGAUUAACCCAACAAAGAAAGAUUGGGAAAACGUAUCCUCAGCAAUUUCCCAAGAAGCUGAAGGAAGAGCAUGAUAGAUGCACCUUAAAACAAGAAAAUGAAGAAAAAACAAAUGUUAAUAUGCUGUACAAAAAAAUAGAGAAGAAUUAGAAAGGAAAGAGAAACAAUAUAAGAAAGAAGUUGAAGCAAAACAACUUGAACCAACUGUUCAGUCACUAGAGAUGAAAUCAAAGACUGCAAGAAGUACUCCAAAUCGGGAUUUUCAUAAUCAUGAAGAAAUGAAAGGUCUGAUGGAUGAAAAUUGCAUUUUGAAGGCAGAUAUUGCUAUACUCAGACAGGAAAUAUGUACAAUGAAAAAUGACAACUUGGAAAAAGAAAAUAAAUAUCUUAAGGACAUUAAAAUUGUUGAAGAAACAAAUGCUGCCCUUGAAAACUAUAUAAAACUCAAUGAGGAAAUGAUAACAGAAACAGCAUUCCAGUAUCAACAAGAGCUUAAUGAUCUCAAGGCUGAGAAUACAAGUCUCAAUGCCGAACUGUUGAAGGAAAAAGAAAGCAAGAAAAGACUGGAAGCUGACAUUGAAUCUUAUCAGUCUAGACUGGCUGCUGCUAUAAGUAAACACAGUGAAAGUGUGAAAACAGAAAGAAACCUAAAACUUGCUUUAGAGAGAACACAAGAUGUUUCUGUACAAGUAGAAAUGAGUUCUGCUAUUUCCAAAGUAAAAGAUGAGAAUGAGUUUCUUACUGAACAACUUUCUGAAACACAAAUUAAAUUCAGAGCCUUAAAAGAUAAGUUCUGUAAGACAAGAGAUAGUCUCAGAAAAAAGUCAUUGGCUUUAGAAACUGUACAAAACGACCUAAGCCAAACACAGCAGCAAACACAGGAAAUGAAAGAGAUGUAUCAAAAUGCAGAAGGUAAAGUGAAUAAUUCCACUGGAAAGUGGAACUGUGUAGAAGAGAGGAUAUGUCACCUCCAACGUGAAAAUGCGUGGCUUGUAAAGCAACUAGAUGACGUUCAUCAGAAAGAGGAUCAUAAAGAGAUAGUAACUAAUAUCCUAAGAGGCUUUAUUGAGAGUGGAAAGAAAGACCUCGUGCUAGAAGAGAAAAGUAAGAAGCUAAUGAAUGAAUGUGAUCAUUUAAAAGAAAGUCUCUUUCAGUAUGAGAGAGAGAAAGCAGAAGGAGUAGUGGUUGUGAGACAACUUCAACAAGAAGUGGCUGACAGCGUAAAAAAAUUAACGACGUUAGAGUCUCCACUGGAAGGUAUAUCACGUUGUCACAUUAAUUUGGAUGAGACACAGGCCUCAAAGAAGAAAUUAUUUCAAGUGGAAAGUCAACCUAAAAAAGAAAAUGAAGAAUUAAGAAAACUUUUUGAGUUAACAUCAUCACUGAAGUAUAAUGUGAAUCGAAUAAGAAAGAAAAAUGAUGAAUUAGAAGAAGAGGCAACUGGAUACAAGAAACUCCUGGAAAUGACAAUAAAUAUGUUAAAUGUAUUUGGAAAUGAAGACUUUGAUUGCCAUGGAGACUUAAAAACAGAUCAACUGAAAAUGGAUAUUCUGAUUAAGAAGCUAAAACAGAAGUUUGUUGAUCUUACGGCAGAGAAGGAAGCUUUAUCUUCAAAAUGUGUCAAUUUGGCUAAAGACAAUCAAGUUCUUCAACAGGAGUUUUUAUCUAUGAAAAAAGUACAACAGGAAUGUGAAAAACUUGAGGAGGAUAAAAAGAUGUUGAAAGAAGAAAUAUUAAAUCUUAAGACACAUAUGGAAAACAAUAGGGUAGAACUUAGUAAACUACAAGAAUAUAAAUUGGAGCUAGAUGAAAAGGCAAUGCAGGCAGUAGAAAAAUUAGAAGAAAUCCAUUUACAGGAACAAGCACAAUAUGAAAAACAAUUAGAGCAGUUAAACAAGGAUAAUAUGGCUUCACUAAAUAAGAAGGAACUCACACUUAAAGAUGUGGAAUGUAAAUUCUCAGAAAUGAAAACUGCUUAUGAAGAGGUUACAACUGAAUUAGAAGAAUAUAAGGAAGCCUUUGAAGCAGCAUUGAAAGCUAACAAUUCCAUGUCAAAAAAAUUAACAAAAUCAAAUAAGAAAAUAGCAGUGAUCAGCAUGAAGCUCCUUAUGGAGAAAGAGCAGAUGAAAUAUUUUCUCAGCACUCUUCCUACAAGGCGAGACCCAGAGUCACCUUGUGUUGAAAAUCUUACUAGUAUAGGACUCAACAGAAAAUAUAUUCCCCAAACACCCAUAAGAAUUCCUAUUUCAAGCCCACAGACUUCAAAUAGCUGCAAGAACUCCUUGACUGUGAUGGAGCUGGACUGUGUAGAACAAAUAACUAGAGAAACAAAGAGAAUUGUUGCUGUGUUGAACACUUGCUCCCGUCUACUUACUUCUCUAUAAUCCACUGCCAUGGAAUGAGUGAUUUUUCUUAGAAGCAGAGGUGGAGCCACUGAGGAAGCACAGGUGAGCCCUCCCCAGCACGUGCUCACUGGUCCCCAACAGAAGAACCGCUGCUGCAUCCAUGAGGCUCCCAUUGUGGUGGGUUGUGUCACCCCACAAUGUCACUGUUGCUGAGCCCCCAUCGCCUCUGUGUUGUGGAGCAGUUAGAGACACACUGUGGUGUCUGAGUGGCUCUGCAUGAAGGACCAUUUACUAGGUGAGAGGCACAUCUCAACACAGCUGACUGAUCAGACUCAGGUGCCAUCAGAUCUCCAGCCUUUGCACAUGCUGUUUCCUCUCCGCGAUUCCCACAUGCCGGGCAUUAGGUCAAGCUCCACGGGACUCCCUGAGAUGGAUCAGACAUAUAUCCCACCAUGAGUACCUCACAGUCCAGCUGGGAAGAUGAGACAGGGACCUAACUAUCUACAGAACAGAGUCACCAGCUUAUAGGUACAAAGGAAGGGCAUGGACAGCACAGGACACACCUGCCUACUGCUAGAGCCACAGGUUAGUCACAAAGCAAAAGCCUGUAAUGGAUACACAAAAGAUAAAAGGAAAAGAACCAAAACAUACUACUACAGAGAGCCAUGAAGCCACAAAAGAAGAAAGCAAAAGAGGAAAAAAGGACCAAAGGCUCUACAAAGCAACUAGAAAACACUUCAACAAUGGCAAGAGUUCAAGCGAUUCUCCUGCUUCAGGCUCCCGAGCAGCUGUGAUUACAGUCACCCGCCAUCAUGCC